CAAAUUGUUCAAGAAAGUCUAAGGCUAUGCAAAAAUUGGACAAAAAUGAUGAAAUAUCACGUAUGUCUAGUACAAAUGAUAUAAAUAUUGAUCUAUGUGUUCCUCAAAAUAUAAUAUUACAGAUUCAUGACCCAAAAAGUGACGAAUAUGCUGCUGGUCAACUAAAAGAAGUUUUAUCUUAUACAAAUUUGGGAAUUGCUUUACAAAAAUACUGGUUUUAUUCGCCAAAAUGUGCGCAGCUAGCAUCAGACAUAUUCAAUGUACCAGUCAUAGUAUUGACUGCUGAAAGCUAUUCCUUCAUAUCACUUAACCAAGAGCCUGGUUUUUGCAAAAGACCUAUCAUUCUUCAAUGGCAUGAUAGCCACAUUAAGUUAAUUGAACAUAAAAAUUGGUAUACUCAACCUCUCUCUCUAAAUCCUCA